GGGAAAGUGGGUGAUGGGCAUUGAGGAGGCACCUGUUGGGAUGAGCCCUGGGUGUCGUAUGGAAACCAAUCUGACAGUAAAUUAUAUUUAAUAUAGAAAAAUAAAAGUUCAAUGUGAAAUUCCUUAUAAAAACCUUGAGCAAAGCACAUUUUUAAAAACAGAUGGUCAAUCACUAUUCUUGCUAUGUUUAUGUAAAUAAGUAGGACAAAUUUGUUAAAAAAUGGACUUAUUUUACAAAUGAAUUAAUUUUAAUUUUGCUACCUUCAACAGAAACGAGGGUGCUUUUAGGGACAAAAAUUGAGUUUCAACAACACACCCUUCAUAGAUGUUAGAUUCUAGUUCGGAAUCUGAAUGUUUGUUUGCCGAUAAAAUCAGGCUGGAUCCUGAAUUCUUCUGGUUUCCUCAAAUGCCUGGCUAUGACUCUCCAAAUGAAGGUUCCCAGUUUGCUCCCAUUCUCUUGACCUGGAAUCACUGAGAACUAAAACUGCCCCUUUUUCUGAAGGCCUGCAAACUGAAACUAGACAACUUGAGGUUUGGAGAAUGUAUUUUUGUAAUUAGCCGUGUGGAUUUAAAGGAGCAGGCAGGAGAGAGGAGUAGACAUGCUGAAGGAGCUCCAGUUCUUCCUGUCGGCCAUCCUGCUGCUUGCCUGUGUCUUCUUCUACCAGCUCAGCCUGAAGUCCAGCUGUCUCUUCUCUUGCCUUCCUCCCCAAAAGGCCCAGCAAGACCCGGAAGCCCUCCUGGGCCAUGGGCAUGGCAUUGUGUUCAUAGAGACCUCAGAGAGAAUGGAGCCAACGCCUCUGGUCUCUUGUGCUGUGGAAUCUGCUGCCAAGACUUACCCAGAGAAGCCCGUGGUGUUCUUCAUGAAGGGUCUCAACACCACCACACGGCUGCCCUCAAACUCCACUUACCCAGCCUUUUCCCUCCUCUCAGCCAUAGACAAUGUUUUCCUCUUCCCUUUGGAUAUGAAAAGGCUGUUUGAAGACACACCAUUGCGUUCAUGGUACACUCACAUCAACGCCAGUGUGGAGAGCAACUGGCUCCACGUCAGCUCAGAUGCGUCCCGCCUGGCCAUCAUCUGGAAAUAUGGCGGCAUCUACAUGGACACCGAUGUCAUCUCCAUCCGGCCCAUCCCUGAGGAGAACUUUCUGGCUGCACAGUCUUCUCAGUACUCUAGUAACGGGGUGUUUGGAUUCCUCCCCCACCACCCCUUCCUGUGGGAGUGCAUGGAAAACUUUGUCGAACACUACAAUUCAGACAUUUGGGGCAACCAGGGUCCCAGUUUGAUGACAAGGAUGUUGAGACUGUGGUGCAAACUUAGAGACUUCCAGGAGGUGAGUGAUUUCAGGUGUUUGAACCUGUCCUUCCUACACCCUCAGAGAUUUUACCCCAUCUCCUAUCCAGAGUGGAGGCGCUACUAUGAAGUCUGGGACAAAGACCUGAGCUUCAAUGACUCCUACGCCCUGCAUCUGUGGAACUACAUGAACAACGAAGGAAGGACUGUGGUUAGAGGGAGCAACACGCUGGUGGAAAAUCUCUGCCUAGGUGGCAGGAACUCCUGGAGUGAAAAGUGUGCCCUGGCCAAGAGGAAGAGGAGGAACAAGAUUCCCCAUCAGAGUAGAUGGCUUACAGACAUCCCUACUGGGUCCUGGUCCUGGCCGGCCAGUUCUUUUUUUUCCAUUUAAAAAAUUGUGGUAAAAUAUAUAGAUGCCAUAAAAUCUACCCUUUUAACCAUUUUCAAAUGUACAAUUCAGUGGCGUUAAGUACCUUCAACCAACCCCACCAUCCAUCUCUAGAACUUCUCCAUCAUUCCAAAUUGAAACUGUACCCGUUAAACAACAACUCCCUAUUCCCUACAACCCCCGCCCCAGCCCCUGGUAACCACUAUUCUACUUUCUGGAAUAGCUCUAUGAAUUUGACUAUUCUAGUUACCUUGUAUAAGUGGAAUUAUAUAACAUUUCUCCUUUUGCAUCUGGUUUAUCUCUCCUACCAUAGUAUUUCCAAGGUUUAUUCAUAGUGGGGCAUGUAUCAGUCCUUCAUUAUGUUUUAAGACUGAAUAACAGUUCAUCGUAUGUAUGUACUACAUUUUGUUCAUCCAUUUAUAUGUUAACGGAGACUUGAGUUGUUUACACCUUUCGGCUGUUGUGAGUAAUGCUGUUAUGAACAGGAACGUACAAGUAUCUGUUUUAGUCCCUGUUUUAAUUCUUUUGAGUAUUUACCCAGAAAUGGAAUCGUCAGAUCCUAUGCUAAUUUUAUUUUCAAUUCUUUGAGGACUCACCA